UCCAUUGAGGCAAGCCUUGAACACACGUACAGCGGAGCGCAUGAAAACGCCAAGACCAUCCCCGAUAAGAGAUAAGGAUUCUCGAGCCUUCCACUUCGUCAUUGGCAAAGAAAAAAGAUUGUCGCAUUCAAUUCAGAGAGGACAGUCACAACAAACACUCAAGAUGCCUACCGAACUCGAAGAACUCGUUGAGUUUCUUCACCAUGGAAACACCCAGAUCCGCCAAAUCGGUAUGGCCAUUCACCCCGAACACCUCGAAUUCCUUGAACAGUAGAGAGCAACUGCUGACAAGUAAUUCAGCGGUCGAAAAUCUCGUCGGCUUCUCCACAGCACAGCCCUCCCUCUUCAAAUACCAAGAACUCACGCCCGUCAAAGACAUGAAACUCCUCAUCCGCGACUACGCACCCAUAGCAAAAAACGUCCUCACAAUCCUCGUAAACAUCUCCUCGGACGAAGAAGUGUUGAAGUACCUCGCCGAAGACGAUCAAUUCCUCGAACAACUGCUAUCACGCAUCACAAAUGCAAAGGAGGAAAAUGCAGAUGAAAUGGCCAUGUUACUCGCAAACCUCACAAAACAUGAUCAUCUCAAGACACUCCUCACACUGAAACGCGAUAUCCCGAAACCUCUGAGUACUUCUCCGUUUGCGAUUGAUCAAUUGUUGGAUCUUUUCGUAAAAGGUCAAGAAGGGACUUAUAACCCAAAGGCAAACUUUGACUAUCUCUGCUACGUCUUUGCCGAUAUUUCAAAAUACGAAGAAGGCAGAAAACACUUCCUCACUCCUCGCGAAGAAGAUGAGAAUAUCAUCCCAUUGACGAAACUUAUCGUCUUUACCGAACACACAUCUACCAUUAGACGUAGAGGUGUAGCGUCAACCAUCAAAAACGCCGCCUUCGACACAGACGCUCAUGCCAAAAUGCUGUCUACAGACGAAACCUCCGGCGGCUUAAACAUCCUCCCUUACCUCCUCCUCCCCUUGAUGGGCCCCGAAGAAUACGACGACAAAGACAUGGAAACAAUGCCUGAAGAACUCCAACUUCUACCUCCAGACAAGACACGCGAGCCGGAAAUUGACAUUCAAAUCAUCCAUCUCGAAACUCUGCUUUUGCUCACUACAACAAGAGAAUCUAGAGAUGUCAUGAGAGAGAAAAAUGUAUAUGCAGUAAUGAGGGAAUUGCAUUUGCACACCGAGAGUCCAGAUGUUCAAGAGGCUUGUGAUAGGGUUGUGCAGAUUAUUGCUAGAGACGAAGAGGGAGAGGGUGAGGAACCGCCUCAGCCGCCAAAGGUUCAGGAAAUUGAUGACGAGGAUGAAUUGGUGGAAGUUGCAUAGAUGGCUCACAUUUUUCUUCGAAGAAUAACAUGUAUUCAAUCUUUUCGAUACCACGUCUUGUGCGUGCAGGACCGAGUGUUUUGAAAGGAGGCCUUUGGCAGAACGAGACAAUUGUCUUGUUCGCUUUGAUUAUGCUGCUGCUACAUAUCAACUACAAAAGUAUUGUAGACCGAUACUUC